GGUUCCUGGUUAGCUAGCUGUGACAUUGAUCUCUGACUCUAAAGUUCCAUUCCACUCUGUCCAUUUCUUUCUCUGUCAGUCAGUUACGUCUAAGGUCGUCAUGGCAACUCUCCUGUCCUGGGACCUGGUGUCUGUGGUCAUCAUGCUGUUCCUUGUCUGUACAGAGUCAGUAGGUGACCCAACAAAAUAUCAGAAAAAUAUAUCAGCUUCUUUGGGAGAAAUUGUUACUUUGGUGUGCAACAACUCCGUGACGAAUGCAUCAUACAUCUGGAAAAAGGACACAGUUCUCAUUUUCUCUCAUAGUGGCAUACGGAAUAAAACUGAAAGAAAAUUCACCUCUGACAGGAUGAGUGUUGAUUCGCCUACAAAGCUGACUAUCUUUAAUGUAGAGUUAAAUGACACAGGGAACUACGGCUGUCAAGUAACAGAUGAUCAAAGUGGUGUACGGACAAUGGUGUGGAAUUUGACCAUCACUAAUAACCUCACAGAUAAUGCUGAACAUAGCCUACAGAGGUUAUUGCUCUUCACAAUUCCUUCUGCUAUUGGAGGAGUGAUUCUCUGCAUUAACAUCUGCUGUAUGGUCUGGCUGUGUAGGAAACGAAAACAGGAACAGAUAAGUCUUUGUGAUAGGCAAGGAGAGGUGCAGCAGGAAUGCAAUGAGGAGGUGAUUUAUGAAAACUGUCUAGCAACGGAUGCUGAACAACACUGUCAACAUGGACACACAACACUGAGAGAAAAGGAGGCAGAGUAAACUGGAGGAGAACAGAAAGGGCGACUGAGGGGUGGAGGUGUGGGUGAGAGAAUGUACAGCACUUCUAUUUCAGGCAUUGACCACCUGAUAACAACAGCGCCGAGGUGAUGGAAAUAUAUGGACGUCAUUUGUACCAGAGCAUGAGAGACAGAUACACCUCUGGACUAUAUAGCCAGAAGGUGGUGCUCAGGGUUAAGGGCUGGCGAGCCUGUUGUGGGAAAGGAUUUGCAGAGAAGAUGGAAAGCUAAAGCAUGUUUACAGAAAAACAACAAGGCCAUUGGAUGUUAUCCAUGGAUCAAAUGCAAUAUAUCUCAGAAAUUCACACGUUGUUUCUAGAUAGCAGCGGCGUCCCUGCUUUAUUUUUUGAUUCAGAAGAACAUUAAAAUAAUCUAUCCACCCAGUUGAUAUGUGUCCAGGCCCUGAAAUAGAUAUAAAGCAAUAAGAAGGCUUGGUUGUUGGGUGUAAGAAACUAUAUCUACAUAGUAACAGCAACAACAACAACAAAAAUGUCCUCAUGAAAAUCAUGUCUAUAAUGAAUAACAGCAUUAGUGAAGGAGAACUACAGUAAUGUGUACAUAUAUAGAGAAACAUGCAUACUGCAGAAUGACAACUCAAGGCCAGUGGUCACACCAUGAUGGGAGAAAGAAGAAGAUGUAGAGACGCCUGGGGAAGAGUUAGUGCAUGUGUCAAACUGUUAAAUAAACGCUGUUUGUGAAUACACGUGCAAAUAGAAAAUUGUUACAUUUCCUGCACUUGGUAAAUAGAUCACCAUUAAAUAAAAACAUAAACUCUUA